GUUUGACAUGAUAGACAAUUAGACAGUAAAAAAUGGUGAAGCUGAGGGAAAAAGUGGAUGCCUGUGAAAUUGUAUUUCAUAUUAAUUUGUGCAAUAUGUGCAUAUUCUAAAGAAAUGAACUCACGUUUUUUGCUGAACUGUAGUUAUUUUUAGUGUUUAUAAAGUGAUCUACUGUAAGAAAUUCAAAGGUUUAUUCUCCAUAUAAGCGUUGAAGUAGUAUAAGAUUUGUCAUAUUAAAUAUGCAGGGCGACGACCCUCCCUUUCUGCCAGUGGGAACUGAUGUCAGUGCAAAGUACAAAGGAGCUUUUUGUGAAGCCAAAAUAAAGAAAGUGGUUCGAAACAUCAAAUGUAAGGUGACACUAAAAGCUGGUGGGGGCACAAUCACAGUGAAUGAUGAUGUCAUCAAAGGUACUUUGAGAGUUGGGAGCACAGUGGAGGUGAAGCAGGACCCCAAGAAGGAUGCAAUGGAAGCUGUCAUUGCUAAAAUACAAGAUUGCAGCCAGUAUACUGUUGUGUUUGAUGACGGCGAUAUAACAACGUUGCGGCGGUCAGCUCUCUGUCUGAAGAGUGGGCGGCACUUCAACGAAAGCGAAACUUUGGACCAGUUACCGUUGACGCAUCCAGAGCACUUCUCCACGCCUGUUAUAGCAGGACGCCGCGGCAGACGGGGUAGAGCUCAGUCUGACGAGAGCGACGGUUCGGGCCCGUGCAGCCGGCCGGUGAAGGAGAGCAGCGAGCGGGAGCCGCACGUGGGCCGCGUGGUGCUGGUGGAGGCGGCGGCGGGCGCGGAGCGGCGUCGUCCGCACCAGCCCGCCUUCCCGGCGCUGGUGGUCGCGCCCACUGCGCAGAUCAAAGUCAAAGAGGAUUAUCUCGUGCGCUCAUUCAAGGAUGGACGAUACUACACGGUGCCAAAGAAGGAGGCGCGUGAGUUCCGCGCAGGCAGCGCGCCGCUGGAGUGGGCGGGCGUGUCGGCGGCGCUGCAGUACCUCAACCAGGGCGUGCUGCCGCCGCACUGGGACCGCGACACGCUCUUCCACGAGGCCAACAACACCUCCGAUGAUAGUUCAGAUGACGAGCCACGUGAAGAAAAGGACCAUUUCGUAGCUCAACUAUACAAGUUCAUGGACGACCGUGGGACUCCACUCAACAGGAACCCAACUAUCGCGAACCGUGACAUUGACCUGUACAGAUUAUUCAGAGUGGUGCAAAAACUUGGCGGCUACAAUAGAGUGACAAAUCAAAAUCAGUGGAAAUCAAUUGCAGACAAAAUGGGUUUUCAUCCAGUAACUACGAAUAUUACCAAUCUUUGUAAACAAGCCUAUAAAAAAUUCCUGCACAGCUUCGAGGACUUCUACCGCAAGCUGGGCGUGACGCUGGUGGCGCACCCUCGCGGCGCCCGCACGCCGCCCGCCGGCCGCUCCCUCAUCCGCGACCGCGACAAGCAGCUGCCCGCCACUCCCACCACACCCACCACGCCCACCAUGCGUGGUAAAGACAAAGAUUCAGACAAAAGUGAAACAGAGAAAAGCGACAAGAGUGAGAAGGAAGAUAAAGUGGAGAAAGCUGAGAAGAAGGAGAAGCCCCGUGCCAGUGACGGCGAAGACAGCGCUGAUAACCAACCCUUGAUUAUAACAACUACACCCAAGGUCGAGAAAGAAAAAGAAAAGGAGAAGGAAAAGGACAAAGAAAUUGAAAAAGACAAGGAGAAAGAAAAAGAUAAAGACAAGGAGAAAGAAAAAGAUAAAGAUAAGGAUAAAGACAAAGAAAAAAUAAAAGAGAAAGACAAGGACAAGGAAACUGACAAAGAAAAAGAGAAAGAAAAGGAUAAGGACAAAGACAAGGAAAAGGAGAAAGUGAAAGAAAAGGAGAAGGAGAAAGAAAAAAGUUCGACACCGGCCAGUACGAGCGACGAGAAGACUGCCCCGAAGCGGUCGCUGUCCAAAACCCGCAGUCUGCCGCCCGCCAAACCCGAUUCUCAUGACAAGAGGACGCCGAAACGACGCCCACUGUCUUCCAAAGGUAUCAGUACUAGUGCCAACACAUCGCGCGCUUCUCGUCGACCUCACGCCUCCACGGACAGCGAUAGUUCUGGACGAGCCUCCAGGUAUGUGAGCAGAUGCGGGCCGACCAAGAAAAUGUCGAGCCGCCGUAGUCAGAGCGCCAACUCGGCCAGCAGCGGCAACACCAUCGCCUCGGCCAGCAGCACCAAGCGCGUGCGCAAGAGGAAGACCACAGAACCAUCGAGUGAGCCCACUCGUUCCGGCAAUCCCAACGCGAAAGCUCAAGUGGGCGACAAGUUGAAGGUUUACUACGGGCCGACGCAGUCUGAAUCCAAGGUGACAUACGAAGCGAAGGUGAUCGAAAUAUCAUCGGAGGGGAUGCUGCGCGUGCACUACACGGGCUGGAACACGCGCUACGACGAGUGGAUCACGCCGCAGCGCAUCGCGCUCAACGUCACGCAACACGAGGCGCGCAACAAAAAGAAUCCAAAUAUAAGCAGACGCGCCCGGUCUAAAAGGAUAGAAGGGAAACCUGUGUCAGAAUCUUCAGCGCGGUCGGACAGUGACAGCGAUUCAGACAGCGAUGAGGAUGUAAAGAGACCGCCCAAGAAACUGUCAGUUGAUGAUAAAGGCGGCAUAAAGACUCCCUCAAGAUCCAAAGACGCGAAAUCAAGCGACAGCAGCAGUUCAAGCAAACCGCGCAAGCGUCCCGUGCGCACGGCGUCCACGCCCUCCGCCGCCUCCCCCGCCAAGCGCCCCCGCCCCAGCGCCGGCCACCAGGGCCGCGACUACGACCUCAACGAGAUACGAUCCGAGCUCAAAGGCCUCCACACCGUCAAGCAAGAACCGGACGACGCUAAAGAACUGCCCGAAAAAUCUUCCGAAACGACCUCCCCUCCGCAACCCCCUCCGACGGUCGUCUCCCCUCCCCAACCAGAAAAACAGGCAGAAGAUGUCUACGAGUUCAAGGAACCAGAACCAUUUGAAUUAGAACUACACGAUGAGAAGAAAAAGAGAACGCACCGCAUAUUCGACGACAUCUCACCCAGCAAAUAUACUUCGACUUUAUCUAAAUCUUUGAGCGAGGAAAUCUCCGAAGAUCCGUUAAGAAUUCGACCAUCGACUUUGAGAUCGCCUUCUCUGUCACCGUUUAGAGAUUUCGGCACCACUCGUGAUAUCCCUUCACGUCAAAGCCCCGAGGAGGAUUCUAAAGAUGAUCUGUUCUCAUUGGAUGAUGACUCCUUCCCGGGAGAAAGCAGUUCCGGCCCCAUCUUCGAAGGGUUCACGCCGGCUAAAAAUCAAGAAACAUAUUCCAAAAAGAGCAAGGUAUCCAAACUACGGCAGUUGAUAGAAGACUCCCCAGACAGCCGGGCGGACGACGAACAGUCAUCUGAAGACGAGCCUGAAGAUAUCGUUAUGAAGGAGGAAGAGCGAGAUCCGAGCCCGUCCCUCUCCAACAUAGAACCGCCGAAAACUCCAGAACCUCCUCCCAAAGAAGAUGUCAAAGAACCUCCAAAGGAAGUUAAGAUAGAAGUAACUGAGCCUGAAGAACGUAAAUCACCAAAGACCGUCACUCCAGAACCGCCUAAGUCUCCGCCUUUGCAAACAAAACUCGAAUUGCCUAGCACCAGUAUCAAACCUGUAGCUCCCAGUCCUCCAAUCGUUACCGUGACAGAACCUCCCAAAGAGGAACCCAAGAUAGAGAAAGAGGAAAUCAAACUUGCAUCAAUACCGCUGCCGGCCGCUGAGCCUGUAGCGAAACAGCAAAGCGUUCUCAGAGUGAGCAUAGAAAAACUAGAACCUGAGCCUGCGGUGUCCAAAAUCGAGCUUCCUUCUAGUCCUCAAGUAGACACAGAGGAAGAUAAAUCUGAGCCAGACAGUCCGGCCCGGAUAGACGUCCUGCCCGAGCCGCCGCCAGGUUUCCUGCUCCAGUCUGAAGGACCAAAGAUAGCUGAAAAACUUCUCAAAGCUAUCAACAGCGCCAAGCGGUUAUCAAUGACCCCUUCACCUGUGGAAGAACGUCCUUUAACUCCAAAGAAAGAUACUUUGAAACUGAACAAACCCGAAGGCAAACAAUCGCCCAUAGCGGCGGAGCUAAAAACGACGAAGCUCGAACCGAACAAACCUUUAACAAAAAUAGAGCCAGUGAGAAAAUUCAGUCCAAUAGCAGUAAGCGAGUCUAUAUUUGGGGAACCAUCAAAUUUGACUGACGCGAAGCGAGACACUGCUGACGUGAAGAAAGUUAAACCUAAAGAACCUUCGCCGCCGCGGUUGCAGAGUCCAUUGAGUAUUUUAGAGAGGCGAAAGAGUGUAGCCGAUUUGCCACUGCCCCCUGGGAAGAACAAUAAGGUGCUGAGUGACACGAUCCAGAAGCUGUCGAGUCAGAUCAACCAGUCGGCCGCGACUGCCAGUAUACCGCUGCCCAGCUUCCCGCCUGAAGAGAAGAGCGAGUCCAGCGAUUCCGACGACUCGGAAAGAAGAAUGAUGAUAAUAGAAAAACUAUCAACGGAAGAUUGGGGCAGCGGGGGCAGUUCAGAGACCUCCCGCGGCGUGGCCAACGUCCCCGCCAACCCCGUCCCGGGCCCCGUCGCGGGGCUGAGCUCCCUAGCGCGGGGCAUACACGCGGGGAAGUCCCCGGGGGAGUGGAGCGCCGGGGAGUCCCUACUCAUGUUGGAGGACGCUUGCAAGAACGAAAGAAAACAUAGUGCGAGUGUGGUGGUGGCGGGUAGCGGCCGUGUCGGCGCCGCGGCGGCCGCGGGCGGGCCCAGCGCGGCGGCCGCGGGCGAGGAGGACAGCAACAUAUCGCUGUUGCUGUGUGAGGAGACGAUCCCCGGGUCGCCGGCGCCGGACGCGGAGCCGGCGCCGCCGAGACGGCUGCAUUUGCCGUUUGCGUGCGCGCCGCCUCAUCACAAUACGAAUUCCAAAGAAGAGCGUCGCGGCGAAGCGGGUCCGGCGCGGGCGCUGGAGGCGGGCGAGGAGCUGGGACCGGGCGGGGGCGCUGGGGGCGCGGGCGCGGGCGCGGGCUGGGGGCGCCGCCACGCGCUGCUCGACAACACGCCGCCCACAACGCCCGACAGCAGCUUGGACAUGUCCCCACACAGAGAACGGCGUAUGUCUGAACGCGACAGUCCGCUGGAGCGCAAGGACGAUGACGACGAGAGCCGCCCCGCUGACUCGUCUCCGGUGGAAAUGGACAAGCCACAUGCAGGUGGCAGAUCCCGGAAGGCGUCGGAGAGCUCGGCGGCCGGCGCUAGCAGCGCGCCGCGCGCGCGCGGGCGCCGGCGCCGGGACACGGACACCACAGCCGCGGACCACACGCCUCAUAAAUACAACUUCUAUGUCGACCUUGACCCGAAUUGGGACUGCCAGACGCGCAUCAGCGUGCUGACGAGCCGGCUGGCCGACCUCCGCAAGGCGUACCACUCCGUGAAGGCGGAGCUGGCCGCCAUCGACCGCCGCCGCAAGAAACUGCGCCGCAAGGAGAGGGAGGCUGUGAAGGCUGCCAAAGCCGCAUGCUCAUGAUGAAGGCUGCUGUAAGUGGGACAAGGUCUCGGGAGCCGACGCGAUGUCUAUUCGUUUUAGCAUAGACAAGACAAACUACGCGACGAAGGAAACUCCGUGCAAUGUGAUAGGAAUGUAGAUGAAUGUGCAGUGAUUUGACGUGGACUAUAUUUAUGGGAAGGGAAAAUGCACUUUUUUGCCGUACCGCUGGAUAGUCGGCUAGUUAUGUAAUAAGAUUUAUAGUAGAUGUUAUUUAAAUGUUGUAAAAUUAGUGAACCACUCGCAUGCAUCAAUUUAUUUUAUUUGAAUAUUUUACUGAAUACAAUUUUAUACGUUUCGUAUGAUUGUUUCGUAGAUUGUACUAAAUUGAACUUUUGAUUUUAUUGUGUGCGUAGCAUUUAUGCAUUGUAUAUUUGCAAUUUACUAUAAAUAUUUAUAACAAUUACGAUUGUCCCAGGAAGAUUGCUCUUAGAAGAAUUGCUGGAAAAUUUCUGGUUCUAUGCGUCGCGCGCAUUAUGUAAGACUGAAGUUGGUAAUGAUAAUACAUAAUAUACUACAUUAUAUUUAUUUCCCAAAGUAUUUCACAGAUAUAUUAUUAAAUUUUAAUAAACUCCACGGAUCAA